AUCCAAGUCUCUAUUUGUCGGGACACGUCCUCUUCAACCCACAGAAACAGUUUCAGACUUUACUCUCUUUCUCUACUUUCAUUUCUUUCUUCAUUUGUGUGGUUGAGACUGAGACUAGAGACUGAGAGAUUAGCCAUGGCGAUCGAUAAAGAAAGAGAGAACCACGUCUACAUCGCCAAGCUUGCCGAACAGGCCGAGCGCUACGACGAAAUGGUGGAUGCGAUGACGAAAGUGGCGAAUAUGGACGUGGAACUGAGCGUGGAAGAGAGGAACCUACUCUCCGUUGCGUACAAGAACGUGGUUGGAGCUCGCAGAGCCUCGUGGAGGAUCCUAUCUUCGCUGGAGCAGAAGGAGGAGUCCAAAGGGAACGAUCUGAACGUCAAGCGGAUCAAGAAUUACAGGCACGAGAUCGAAUCCGAGCUCUCCCGAGUUUGCGCCGACAUUAUCGCCCUCAUCGAUGAGCAUCUCAUCCCCUCUUGCUCCGUUGGAGAAUCCCCUGUCUUUUUCUACAAAAUGAAAGGGGAUUACUAUCGAUAUUUGGCUGAGUUCAGGGCUGAUGAUGAGAGGAAAGAGACUGCUGAUCUGUCAAUGAAAGCUUAUCAGGCAGCUUCUACCACAGCAGAGGCUGAAUUACCUCCUACACAUCCCAUCAGAUUGGGUUUGGCCUUGAAUUUCUCUGUAUUUUAUUAUGAAAUCAUGAACUCUCCUGAAAGGGCCUGCGCCCUGGCAAAGCAAGCUUUUGAUGAAGCUAUCUCAGAGUUGGAUAGUUUGAGCGAAGAAUCUUACAAAGACAGCACGUUAAUCAUGCAACUCUUGAGGGACAACCUCACGUUGUGGACUUCUGAUAUCCCAGAGAAUGAAGUGGAAGAAGCCCCGAAGCUGGACAGUAAUGCUAAGGCAGGUGGAGGUCAAGAUGCAGAGUGAACCGAAGCAGCUUCAAAACUUGGGAAUUAGAAAUCUGUAGACGGAGAAAAUUGUUGAUGCCUGCUAAACUCAAGGGUGCUUUUUACUUUUUUCGCUCUCUCUCACACUCUGUCACAAGGGUAAUUCUAGUUCUAUCACUCGUUUUUGUUGUGGGUUUGUCUUUGUGACUGUAGUUUCUUUUUGGAUUAUCAGACCAUUUGCAACCCCGAAGUGGUUACUCCAUUCUGUAUGUUGUUAGCUAUUGGCUUAAUCUGAAGGCUUUUAAAGGUUUCUUGAGGCCUUCUUGUCAUAUUUUUCUGUUUGAUGAACAUGUGACACCAUUUAGAUGGUAUCGUAUUAAUUGUCUUGUUUUUGUA